AUGGCUUCAGCGAGGCCGAUAGACUCAAUUGCAAAAAGUGUUACUGGAGCACUCAAUUUGAGAAUCAUCGUGCUCAAUUGUUGUAUACCAAAAUCGGAGUCAAAUCUGGUUUUCUUCUUUAUCAGCGGCCGCCACAAUGAAUUGGAAGCUAGACUAUUUAUGAAGGCUAUAUUAUGCGAAUUUGUGAAUCUGAUGUAUUUAAAUGAAUCUGCUUUUCUGUAUGUUGCACCGGAACGAGCGCCGUUUGUGGCAACUUUUCCGCUGCAAUUUGCGCAUAUGCAUGCACAAACUAAUCAUCUCACCGCAGUCGCACCGCAAUGCGACGUACGAUGGCGCACCACUACUGCGCACACUGCGCACCAGUAUUGCGCACCCACUGCACUUGCCAACCUGCUCUUCACAACACCCAAAAACACCAUCAUCUUCGUGACCGCAGUGGUUCUUGGCGCCACAUCCCCACACCCUUCCCCACCUUUACACCACCCCGCAGCGCACGGCACGACAUUGCACCGAUGCUGCAAAUGUCGCAGAAUCGCCAAAAAAAACCACAAAUUUCGCCAAAUUUCACAAACUUUCAGCAAGUAUAGUACUACCCUCUAUUACCACAAUCGUCCACAGAAUCCAUCCCACAUCUUUUGGUCGUUUUGCCGCCGCUCCGCCCACCGUCUGCCACACACCCAGACACCUGCCGAUCUGACACCCGCACGCUUAUCUAAUGCAGCUGCGGGUUUUUCCCGACAAGUUUCCAUCUGA